AUGCCGCUCUCCCCAAACGCCCCCGUCUUCGUGAGAAAAUCCCAUAGUAUCAUCAACAAUGCCCUUCCUAAGCCCGUAGCGUCAAACCCCCAGCCCACCCCUCGCGUCAUCCACCCGGGCUAUGUACACGAAUCCCUCGACGAUAUUCUACUCCUCACCUCCGACAACGUUGGCUUCUACGUCUCCCUCGCUUUCCUCACCCGCUAUUCUGGGUUCUUUGCCGAUUUCGAAAGCUUCCCGCAGAGCGAAGGAGAGAAGCCAGACGCCGACAAGUUCGAGUGUGAGACGAGAGAGGUACCAAACGCUACUUCUCUUGGUUUGCACCUCGUGCUCGACGCUCUCACGGAGGUUGAGAACAUGGCCCUACUCAGCACGCUUCCCCAUAAUCCCCUACCCGGCUUCAAGCCCUCCUCUGAGCCAUUCGUCGACCAGUGGCCUCUCGAGAAGGUCUACAUUCACCUUGGCGAUGCAGUCAAGCUUGCAGACGCAUACGACAUACCCGAGUUCUCCGCAUACAUGCGAAUCGUACUCCCGCCGACUGCUUGGCACCAAUACCUGAUGGCAGCCCUGUCAGAGAACGAGGCACUCGCGAAGACGGCGAGUACGCAGACGCUGCCAUAUCAUAUCGAGGAUAUGCCACCAGAGGUGGUGUCGAUACUGUACAAGCAGGCACCGAACUUUCUUAUGCGCAUACGGUCGCUGCACAAACGCAAGAGAAAGAGCCUGCCGGGGUUGACGUUGGCCAUGAUACGGGCGACGCCCAUGUCGGAUGGCACAGCAGACUUUGGAAGGAAGUGUAAACAGAAUGGUGGAUGUAAUUCAUACGUUAGGUACGAGCACCUGGCGCCCGAUUUGCGAUGGAAGAACUUUAGGGCGGAUGCAGGUGAGACGAUGAGGGAUAUCACGGAAAACGCAAAGAGGGACGAGGGAGUGGAAACGCUGAUGAAGCGGGCCAUCAAUGAGCAUGUCGACUGCCGGGUGUGUGGGGCGAGACUGCUCAAGACGUUUGAUCAUGCCUGGCAGAACUGGAAGACGCAAUGGAGGCCUCAGACCAUCUGA